AUGUCCCUAAAACGAAGUGCCAACACUUCGAGCUCGCCGGCUGCGAAGAAACCCAAAGCUAACGGUAGUAUCACAUCGUUCUUCGGGGCUCCCAAACCCAAGGAUGGUGCAAGUGCACCACAACAGCCUCCCCCCACCGUCAAGUUUAACAAGGAGAAAUGGGUGUCCUCCUUGACGGCAGAGCAGACAGAUUUAUUGCAGUUAGAGAUUGACACGCUUGAUGAGAGUUGGUUGGCCCACCUGAAGGAUGAAGUUGUCUCUCCCGAGUUUCUCAACUUGAAACGAUUCUUGAAAAAGGAGAAGGAGUCGAAAGCAACUAUUUUCCCUCCCGAGAAUGACAUUUAUUCAUGGUCUCGACAUACUCCAUUGCAUACCGUGAAAGCCGUUAUCAUCGGACAAGACCCCUACCACAAUUUCAAUCAGGCACAUGGCCUUUGCUUUUCCGUUCGACCACCAACCAAAGCGCCCCCUUCCCUGAAGAACAUAUAUAUCGGAAUCAAAAAUGACUACCCCUCGUUCGAAGCUCCUCCAGACAAUGGCGGCCUGUUGACUCCAUGGGCAGAGCGUGGCGUAUUGAUGCUGAAUACAUGUUUGACAGUCCGAGCCCACAAUGCGAACAGUCACGCAAAUCGAGGAUGGGAGCGAUUUACUCAGAAAGCAAUUGAUACAGUGGCUCGGAUCCGCACUCGCGGCGUGGUGUUUCUGGCUUGGGGAUCACCUGCUGCAAAAAGAGUAGCAGGAGUUAAUAAGCAGAGACAUUGUGUUUUGCAGUCUGUCCACCCAAGUCCUCUUAGUGCUCGCAACGGAUUUUUCACAAACGGACAUUUCAAAAAAUGCAACGACUGGCUUUCUGAGAGAUAUGGAGAAGAUUCUAUGAUUGACUGGAGCUUGAAUCCCAAGAAAUCUAUCUUCGGCCAGAAACCUACAGUGACAACUAUAGGUGAAGACAAACAGGAAGGACCUCUUGCCACUAGCAAACUUGUCAACAAAGCUCCUCUCGCUACCGUUGCUGCCAAGGGUGUCGAUGAAGAUGUUCUCAAAACAAAAACUACUGCAGUUACAGUGACGACAACUGAUGUUGAUCCGCUUUGUGACGAAGACGAUCUGGAUGCUCUCGAGGCACUCGCUGCAGCAGAAGACGAUUUUUCUGCUACUAAGCCCGAAAUUGUGACCAAAGAAGAGGUGAUUGUGGAAGAGGCCAAGAAAGACUGA